GUGUUAUCUGGUGUCUGAAGGACUGGAUCGAUUUCUCAGUGGUAGCGUGAUGUGGGUCUCUCUUCUCCCGAGCUGCCUCCUCGUCUGAGACUUGUGGGAACAUAACACUGGUGGAACCUUUACCUGAUCAAGUCAGACUUGGUCAAAACUGGCCAAAGGAUUAAGAAUUUACGGGAACGGGAGGACGGAUGCACGCAGCAGGAUUGCAUAUGUCUUUUUGCUUUAGAAAACAAGGCGAGAAGCGCUGAGAGGCCUUGGCUUCAUCCUGGUGCAGAACAGGAAGAUUUUUGUGGGAUGGGAAGAAUGUUCCCUGCCCAGCUCUGGUCCGUGCCGCAGCGCAGGGAGACCCGCUGCGGUCAGUCUGGGCUGCAGCGCUGGGGCCGGGACAGACAGACAGCACCACAGGGUGUGUUUAUGUCCAGUAGCCUCAGUAAAAAUCCCCCUUCACGGUACCGCAGCCAAACGCUGCUGCUUCCACCCCAGAAAGGACGGGCAGCAUGGCAUGGCCUUGAGGGAAACACAGAGAGAUGAACUGGGCAGAAUAUAACAUACCUAUAUGCUUAUUUUCAGGUAGAAAAAAUCAAAUACUUUCCCAGCCUCUUUGGAGAAAAACAUCCUCUAGAGUUUCUUGUUUUGCUGAGGCUUCUCUGUCUCUCGAGCCGUUUCCAGCUGCUGUGGCGGGCGGGGGCCAGAGCCCCGUCCAGAUGUGGCAGCUCCACCCUGCCCGCCCGGGAGCCGUGUGCUCAGUACCAGGGUGACGAGGGGUCAGCUGGGGUGUAGCCUCUGAUACUUAUCUUUGUGGGGCCUUGAGAAUAUUAUUUUUUCCCCCAAAUGGUUUGUUUUUUCCCCACUCUUCUGUGGUUAGGCUCUAGUGACCCAGCUCUGAUUUCCUAUUUUAAUUAAUUGCAGUAGUCUCGGUUUCUGUGUUUCACAUGGUAACGAGCGUUUCCCAUGUUGCAGCUAUGAUUUAUGCAGCGUAUCUGCCUGCUGCCUGCCCCGGUAACCACGGGGGCUCAGAAGAUGCAGGUCUGCUCUGCGCUUCGCCAACGUAAACAGCUCCCGAGCCGGGGGAGGAGGUUUAUUUGCCAGCAGAGUCAGAGCAGUAGAUGCUUUUAUACAAAUAUGGUCAUUAACAUGGUUUAUUUUACAUAUAUAUAUACUAAUUUAAAUAUAGUUACAUUUAAAUGGUUUUGCCACCACAAUAUUCUUUCCGUGGUGAAAUGAGUGAAGUUUUUGCGUGGACGGAUCAGGCGGAGCCCACCCAAUGCUGGCAAAGCUGACCCGGGUCUCUCCGGGCACGGCGCUCCUGUCUGCACUUGCCCGCUCCGUAAGGCAGCUUUGCAGCCAGCCAGGUCUUGUUUUUUACUGUGAACAUUUAUUAUAUGUUUUUAUUGUACAUCACACUAUCUGGGAGAUGGGAACAAUGCGCCUCGUUCUCUCUGGGAGACUUGUAAAGAUACUCAGAAAGAGCGAUGGCUGCGCUGAUGAAACCCAAGGAUCACUCACAGCCUCCUCGCCGAGGAGGAGGCAGAACCACCCCGCACAAGCAGCCCAGAGAUCAUUUGUGAGAACCGUUAUUGGUGUUGACUCUGAAGCGUGUGGUUUAGCAUCUCCUCUCAUGCAUUUUAGAAUACAAGGUAGUCUUGAUAUCCAGAGAAUAUCCAAGUUCUUUCUGGCUUGUAAUCUUGCUUAGGAAUUGCAAGAAGUUGGCAUUGUAGGCUCAAAAGGAAGUGGCAGGAGCCAGGACUUGUUGUUAGCUGUCAAACCCCCAAAGGUCGUGCUUAGGUUGGGGCACUGAGAAGAACGAGGUAGAAGUGCUGUUGCAAACGGAGAACAUUUCCAUGCGCUGCACUGUUGUCUCUAGGAAACCUUUCAAGCACUCCCAGGCCCAGCAGUUUGCUAAGAAGACCCAGAUCUCAGUCCUUUCACUGUGGUUGCCAGCAGAAAGGGGUUUUUUUCCAAGUAGAAUCUGCUCCUGGCUCCACUGAUGCUGGUCACAGCUUUUGUUCAAACAUUAAGCCCUUCCGUCUUCAGCUGUGCUUUAUGCGGGAGCACAUCGCCUGAUCCUCGCCGGGGCAGGACGGGGUCCCGCCAGCCCUGCGUGCUGAGGGGACUGUGGCUCCCUGGUCACCCAGCACUGCAUCUCGGCCCAGCGGUAACUGCAAACGUGCCCACAGCUCCUCUGCGCCGGAGUGACCGCAGGAAAGGGGCUCCGGACAGAAGAGCAAGCGAUGCAUUGAUGUCAUACAAGAGACUGAAGUCGUGCUGAGGUCUGACUGUCACCUCCCGUCCCCUCCAACUUCUUUACGUCCCUCUAGGGCCUCCUGUUCUUUCCUCCUCUGUAGCUGUUAAGACUUUGUUCUUCUCUGGCAAGGAAAAGACAAGAUCCCAGCUGACCUGGUGUCUUUUGGUAAGUCCUGGAGCUGGGUGCAGACUGACUGUGCUCCCCAGCCUCUGAGCUCAGGACAGGACCUGAACGCAUCAGUCACCGUUUGCAGGAAUGAACUGCUGUGCAUUCGACUCUCUCCCAGGUGUUCAGGCCAUCACUGAAAAGCUGGCUCAGGUACUCCCUGUGUUUUUACACUCACAUUUUGCACUGCAGGGCCUGUGAGCUGUGAGACAGUGGUGCUGACACAGUGCAGGGAGGCCGGGUCACUGGAGAACACGCGGCCUGGCACCUGCUCCCAGGUGGCUGCGUCAAGGGGGACGAUGAGUCUCUCACAGCUUCUGUUCUGACACCCAGACCUGUGCAUUACAUCUGUGACCACAGGAUCAUGCCUUUCAAUCAAACAGAUCUGCUCUCUGUGAAACCUUCAUCAGAGGCGUGGAAGGGCAGGGGGCAGGCUUCUAAAAAUGCUCAGAAUAAUCCAGACCCUGCUGCUUCCACCACUGCCUUGAGAACAAAAAGAUUUGCUGGCUGCUGAAUGCCUUUGAAAACUCAGCCCUUGAUCUAGCUUUUAGUUUUUCUUGCCUUGUGCUCCCUUUUCUUUCUCCUCCUGGCUCUCUGCGCAUGCAUGCGUCUUCCCAGCUUCUGUCUGCCUGGGCUGAGAAGUCAAAAUCUCGUGCCAAUUUGACGUUUGCUUUUUCUGAAUGCAAGAAGCCCCUGGAGCUCAGGUGGGAGGAGAAACAAGUCACUCUACUUUCCAUCAUGUGUGCUGCUCAGAGCUCAGCCUGGGAAACGAAAGUUCCUUGGCUGGCUCUGACCAGCCGUCUCCUCUGUCACCUUGCCAGUUGAGCCUCACGCAUUCGUCACAGAAUGAGCAGAACAAUGCGGCUCAUCUUCCUCGCUUUGCCCGGUUCUCCGCACGUUUCCUCCACUUGCCCUUUGCAGCUCUCCACCCCUUCAGUUCUCCCUUGGUCUGCUGGAGGUGUAGCUGGAGCUGUCCUUUUCCUCUCCCUGGGGUCACAUCAGCAAGUCCAGCUUGGCCAGGGACCAGGCUGGUCCAAAACAGAAAGAAAAUCCAAAGGGGAGCCUCUAGAGAUCUGUUCCAAAGUCACGCUUGCAGAACAAAGGCAGGGCAUUCCAGGUCAAGGAAAAGCAAAGCUGACACCGCUGCGCCCGCUGGGCCGUGACAACCCCUGUGUCCUUGUCCCCAUGUUUCUCAUGAGUGUGCCACAUACUCCUCAUUCCCUCACAGGCUUUCGCCGAGACAUUUUCACGGUAAUGACUGUUGUAGGAGGUCUGGUAAGCCCCACGCUCCUCGCUGUGCAGAUAAUCAGUGGCUCCACGAUGGGCUGUUCAGCGGUUCUGCGCUUCCCGUGGUGCGGAGCCCGACGGGGACUGGCAAGGUGGCUGAGCAGCGGGAGCCUCCCCCAGCACGCAGGUGAAGAGGAGCCAACAGCAGCUGCAAGGUCUCCUUGUUUGCUGGGCUGUGGAACAGACACCACGCUGGGACUUGGGAUUUGCAGGCUCCCUGUCUAGGCCUGGCUUUCACCUGCCAGGGUGUGAGAAGCAAGUCGUUCCAGUGCCUCAUUUUCCUCAUCCAUAAGCAGGAAUGCUCCUGCAUUUCUCUGCAGGUCUGCUAAACGCUGCCAUCCCCGCGUCUUUCCUCCCGCAGCUGCUAAUGCUGUGCAGUUUCAAAAUACCAGUAGGAACAGAGGGUUCUUCAGCGUGGACCCGACACUGGAUUCAUCACUGUGCCAGCAGCCGCCCAGAGCCCAUCCAGCAGGAUUUCGGGUCUUCCACCCGACAUCCACAGGCUGCUCCUGCCCAGACGUUAACGCUUGGUUUGGGGACAUGGUCUGCCAGCUACAAAAAUAAACUCAGCAGCACUCAUGCCUGAGCGCAGGAACCUCUUUGUUUGGCAGUUUGCAGUGGGAAGGAAGUUUGUAUUUCAAUUGCUACAGACCAUAUCCUGGUAGGAGGCUGACUCGGGUGUUGCACGACAGUAGAUCUGAUUCCCUUCUGCUCAGGCUCUUGUAGCCAAGUGACAAUGACAAUAUUUCUGCUCACACACACAGGGCAUGGCUGUAAACUGAAGAAUUGCUUUCGGUGGCAGGUCUAGUUGUGGCUGUCCAGCAGGAAUACCAGUAUAGGAUGCAAUACCAGUAUAGGAUACAGCCCUUUAAACCACUACUAAUUUCAGCUUGUGGUGUCUCAGGAGGCAUCUUCUUCACUGCCGUGAUGCUGGGAGAGGCAGGAGCAGCAGCUCCCGUGCUGCAGGCUCCGAACAAGUGCAAGGCAGUAGGUUAGUGCUGGAAGACCUGGUUAAUGUACCAGGCGACUGCUGGAAUUGCUCCACCCAAGAUCUGCCUAAAUACAGGGGAAUGCUGCUUGCCCAGUGAUGUGUAUGUGUCCACCAAGUGUAGCUCAUUAGCGCGUUGUUAAUGUCAGUAAUUACUGAUGACAUGAAUGCAGAAGCAUAUGUAGAUAAUAUACAACCACCAGAACUGCUGGGAGAAACACAUCCGUAUUUUAUUACAGAUACUAAAUCUCGGUGAAUUUGAUCUCUCUGCAUCUGUUGGGAUAUACAGAGGUACAGGCACAAGAAAUACAGGGAGAUUUGUGCCCUCGGGGAAAGGCGUUCUGAGAAGGAGACUUCCUGAGGCUGCAGGUUUUCUGAACGAUGGCUGCGCUUCUGUGUGGAUUAUAUUUUAUUUCCAUUUGUUAACACAAGGCUGUGACGUUCCCUUUAGCCCGUACUUCAUCACUGCGGCUUGUAGGUCCUUGAAAUUUUCCUCCUUUGCAGUUUGGAGGGCCGAGCGUGCCUCACAGCACAGUCCUGCCUCCGGAACCAGCUCCAGCACAGACUUGACUGAUGCCAUGAGAUUCCUGCCUGAGCCAGAGCUGUUUCCAAGGGCUUUCCCUUCUCCCUUCCCAUCGCUGCACCGGGCCUGGUGGAUCUUCUCUCCAGCACGAACUCCCUUGCUGCCCGUGUGGCUGGGAAGCCUCGAGCUGGCCCCGAGUCGCCGACUGGCAGUUUGCGUUGGCAAACAGGCACCGGGCACCGGGCUGGCCACAUCAAACGCCAAACUGCACGCAAGCAAAACUUCUUAGAAAAACCCAAAGGUGUCUCAUCUCCCGAACAGGGUGUGCGAGAUGUAGGCAAUGAGAUCAGGGCAGGGAGGAUGGACAAGGGAAGGGUGUUGUAAAAAAGUUGUACUUCAUAUGUAAAAUUUCAGGGCAGUAUUUUUUAACAAUUUGCAUAAUUGGCGACCACAGAUAAUCCCCUGAAAUGAGCUAAAUAUAUCACAACUGGGGGCUUUCCAAGCCCAGUUUGCUUUCUGAAAUUGAUUGGUUUCAGCUUUGCAUUUUUUUUUCCUAUGGUCUGUCUUUCUAUCUUUACCAGCUGAAUUUGCCUGGUUUCUAAGAUGCCUGAUUUGGGAGCAAAACUGAAGGUUCACCUGGGGAUGGCUCACUAGGGUACGAGUUUGAGUCAAUGAAAAUGUGACUUAAUUUUAGAUUUCGUUAGGAAAAGGGAACUGAGGCAGAAAACAGCUGCUAAAGAGACAGAUGAAGACAAACUCGUUCCAAUGCUCUUCAUAAAAAGUCAGGUGAAACUACAUUUAAAUCUCUGGCCUAAAUCAUCAGCUGAGGCAAACCGGGCUGACGCCACUGGAGUCACAUCUGGCGCAGCUGCUCCGAAAUGGAGACGCUCCAAAGCCAAAGCUUUGGAAAUUUACUCCUAAGGAUUUGCCAGAAGACGUAGCAAAUUGCCUGUUAAAUGCUUGUUUACAAAUGCGUCUCUUUCCAUGCAUUUAUACCUCUUCCCAAGCACUUCUUUGCUCUGUUCUGGAAGCCACCUAAGCAACGGGCUUCCCUACAUCCAGCCCUUUCCCUCCUUUAAUAAGCCCGGUUAAGGAACGCAUAUUAUCAGAUUGAUAAAUAUCCCAGGAACGGGCAUGCUGAGAUACAGAAGUGAUGGAUACGGCGUAAACCCAAAGAGUAUCAACAGGCACACUCGUGUUUAAACAGACAAUUGGUCCAAAUUGUACCCAAAGCUGCUCUAAUAAGAGGAUUUAAGUCAAUGAUAAGUUACAUUUGGCCCUUCGAAGCAGCAAGCUUUCUUCUUUGGGAUUCUCAUGUGUAUCAUUACUGGGUCUAUUUAAGCAUUGCUGAGAUCCAGUAUUCAGAUGAUAUCACUCCGAACUAAUUAGUUGUGCUCAAAAGUCUGACCAACUCAGAGGAAAGGGAAGGGAAGGCGGUGCUUGCCAGUAAUGGGAAAGAUAUUAGGAAACACAUCCCCGGGGUCAAAUGUUGAACUUGUACUCCACCAAACUUCCCUUCAAUUCAGCGAAAGCAUUUUUUCUAAGUUACAAAUGAACACGAUGAGGGAAAGGAGAAAGAGCCAGCUACGGGGGCCGGUCUUGUGCUUAAGCCUGGGACCGAGCCCAGGAAAUCCCGGGCUCUCCUGGCCAGCAGAAUGGCUGAGGAGCGGGAAAAUCCACGUGAAAUAGAGCAGAUCAGGGUGUUUGGAGUGCUCUGAAAUCCUCACACCAGUGAAUGUGAAAUACCACCUUCGCUCUUUCUCACACACGCACAAAAUGGUACCUGUUUUUCAAUUUAUUUUGGGGAUUUCCUACAGCAAAUUAUAUAGUUAUUUGCUCAUUGGAUUUGGUUUUCAAGUCCUUCGUGUAUGUUAAGCAGUUUCAUUUUGAUGUCACCGAUGAUGCCGUAGUUGCAGGAUGACCAAGGCAGAAGAUGGCUUAGCUCUUGCUAUAUCAAAAAUUGGGCAGAAGGGAGAUAUAAAGUGUAAGACAUAGAAAGCGGUGUAGAAAAGGUACUGAGCACGUUUGUUGACGGCCUUUGGGGCCAAACCCGCUGCUGCGGAGCCACACACGUAAGAACUUUCUGCAGAGGGGAGCAGGCAGACCUGCCCCUGUGGAACAGCUUUAGUCCGGACCCACGGGCAGGGCUGGCACCGGCUGCCCCUCACAGCCCGGCCUGCAGCCGCGUCGCCCCUUUCAAAGCCCCAGCUGCUGGUCACUCUUUCUCAAUUCAUCAUCAACAUACCAAAAAAAUGAGCGCCCUUUAUGAUUCAGCAAAGAAUAACAUUGCUGGUUGGAGAUCCUGGAAGUCUGGAGGCCAUCAGGUUUUUUUAAUUUUUACUCUGAAGGAAUUUCCUUUUAUAAUAUUGCUGUGCUCUCUCUUGCCAAACCAGGAAGCUGACUAUCUAUGGACAGCAGUGACCAACAUUUGGUUUUCCUGGAAUUUUCUCCUUUUCCCUCCGCACACCCACACAAUAGGCUUUUUAGGAUGCCUGCAGUCUGUAAUUUGCCUUUCUAGCCUGAUAAUGUGGCUUGCAGAGGCAUCGGUUUUGCCAAGUCAUCAUCUGGAAGGGACGCGCUCUUAUGCAACGUGCUCCAGCCGAGCGGGCUGUCGGAACCACGGGCAGACACUGGGACACGGGAGGGCGACCCGCAAGGCUGGGAAAGGGCCCGAAACUUUCAAUUUCAAAAGGCACAGCCCAGAAACCAGAAAGACCGAGACCCCGGUGCUGUGGUUUCCCUUUGCCUGACUAAAGAAAAUAGCUGCUAUUUUUACUAAAAAUGUGGGACGUGGGGCCCUUCUCUUCCCCUGCACAAAUGGGGGAUGCUGCUCACAAUGAGUGGGGGGGGUCAUCCCGGAUUAAAACCAGCUGACUGGUCCACAGAAAAAUCUCCCAUAGAUUCUUCAAAUAUUUCUUGCCCACACCACCGGAAGAUUUAUUUGUAAGGUGGAAGUGAGUGAGUUGGGAGGGGGAUUUGGGAAUCUCAUCUCACCUACAGAAAUUCUUUUUCAUUUUAAAGCAGGGAUGGGAUUGAUGGAAUUCUCUCCCCCUUCCCUUUCUCCGGUUCUGCGUCACUGUGCCGUGUGGUGCUCCCAGGGCGUCCAGCACAACGAGUCAAUGCUGACGGCAUCAUGAACAAAUUGCAGUGUUUCCUGUACCUCGCAGAGGAUGGAGGCUGUACCGCAUGGAGGUACGGAGGCUGUACCGCAUGGAGGUACGGAGGCUGUACCGCAUGGAGGUACAGAGGCUGGCUGUGCAAGCGUAGGGAUGGGAUUCCAGCGCCUGAAAUGUGUGUUAUGUAGGUGACCUUUGGGUUUGCUGUCAGGAGUGGUAUUUUGCACCUCUAAACCUCUGAUCAAAAAGAUGGUUUUCAUUUCCAGCACACACAGAAACAUCCCAAGCAGGGAGAACAAAGACUUCAGUCUUGUUUUACUUACACUUAUUAACUUCAUAUGUUUGUUCUUCAUUAAGAGACUCUUUUUAGAUGACUGAAAAUAUAAAAAAAUACUAAACUUGUGAAAAUGGCACACAUAGAAGUGACUUGUGUGUGGGGAGUAGCUACUGUGGCCAUUCGCUCCACUUCUAACUCCUUCGGUUCUCUGUUCAUUGACCAUUAAAUACACACAAGUGCGUGGACCGAGGUGAACUCCAGCAGGACUGGUCGGAGAUGUUCCAGCUGAGUCCCCUCUGUAUGAUACCACAUCCCAACAGUCCUCAGUUUCUACAAAUUCCAUUGCUCCGUCCCCUUUGAACACAAGCGGCUUCCUCCCCAGGGCUGCAGAUACGGGUUACUGCUGUGAGAGGAAUCUGGGUUCAUCUCCAUUGAUUCCCUGCCCCGUGCUCUCAGCCCCGCAGUCCUGUGCUGCAAAAUGGAACACACUGCCCUGUGCAAUACAGCGCGUGCGGCUGCGGUGCUUCAGCUGAGAGGGUACAGCGGGCAGGGUGGGCAGGCAACGGUGGAAUCAAGCAGAGAAAGAGAUGGUGCUGGCCUGGAAAGUAUCUCCCACCUCUCACAUGGGGGAUUAUGAUCAUUUGGUUCCAGCUGCUGCUGCAAAUGCCACAUUGUGGCACCGUCACCAGGCAGGUCAGCCCAUGUGACACAUUGCCUUUGCAACAGGUAUGGGCAACUUUUGCUAAAAAUGGACCUCCUGAGCUCUUUCAACUCUGCGAGGAGCUUCUCAUUUGCAAGGUUGAAGGCAAUCCAUCCCCCCCUUCCAGUUAGAGAAUAUGUUGUACAUUUUAUCCUGUUUUCUGACCCUUCCCAUUGGCACUUGCAAAGUCAAGACAUUGCAGUUUUUGUAGCCAGUGCCAGCGUGGCCAGAAUUACAGCCCAUUGUCUUCAGUUUCUCAUACCAGAAAGCAAUUACUGCUGGGUCAACCAGAAGCAGACUUGGGUACUAACUCCGAGCAAAUCCUGUGCUCUGGAAGUCACAGCGCAAACUUACUCGAAAGACUUUUAAAAUUCCUAGAGUAAGUAGCCAUUCAGUGUACAAUUUGCAAAGGUAUUUCCAAACAAUUGUUAAUUAUUCUGAGAAACCAGCCAAGCCUGACAAGCCCUUAUCUCAGCAGACACUGAAGUUGCUAUCUCCCAUGGAGCUGCACCAGUAGUAACAUCACAGUAACUUCUGGAAGACAACAGGCUUAGUACGGACCAGCUCCAAGUACGUACACAGCCAAUUAUUUUCAUAGCCUUGAAGGAAUUUGGUCAGACACACACACAAAAAUGUAUGGGACUAAAUACUGAAAAAGUUACUCUUAAAAACUUGCAAAUGUUGGGUUGACAGGAGCCUCCCUGCGAACUCCAGGACUGUCCCUCCGCAGCCUGGGCACCGGGGCGCGGCCCCUGCACACACGGGGGGAUCCCGUGCGGCCGCCGGUGCCGCAGCAGAGGGACAGGAGGAGACCCGCGGGUGGCCGGUCUCAGCCCCCCAACCCGCGCCUCCAACAUGGCAGCAGCCCCCACGUGCUGCCAGCCCGCCGGCGCGCCCUUCGCCCCGCCCCUGGCAGGCGUGGCCACCGCCCGCUUUCGGCGCGUCGCUGCCGGUCGGCUCGCGGAUUGGCCGGGAGGCGGCGGUGGCCCCGCCCACUCGGCGCACUUCGGCCGCCCGGGCUCGGUGGGGCGCCCCGGGGUGGGCGGCGGCCCCGCCCCCUGGGAGCGCGGCCAGUUCCCGGCGUCCCGCGGCGGCUGCAGCGGAGCCGGCGGGGUGUGCGGUGCCCGACUGUGCGUUCGCCCGCGCUGCCCGCCCGCGCUGCGCGCCCUGCUCCGCGGCCAUGGAGCUGCUGUGCGUGGAAGCCGUCCCCCGUGUGCCCCGCGCCGGGCGCGACCCGCAGCUGCUGGGGGACCGGCGGGUGCUGCAGAACCUGCUGAGCCAGGAGGAGCGUUACAGCCCCAACGUCUCCUACUUCCACUGCGUGCAGCGGGAGAUCAAGCCCUACAUGCGGAAGAUGCUGGCUUUCUGGAUGCUGGAGGUGUGCGAGGAGCAGAAGUGCGAAGAAGAGGUCUUCCCCUUGGCCAUGAAUUACGUGGAUCGCUACCUGUCGUCGGUCUCCAUGCGGAAAAGCCACCUGCAGCUGCUGGGAGCGGUCUGCAUGCUCCUGGCGUCCAAGCUGCGCGAAACCAUGCCCCUGACCGUGGAGAAGCUCUGCAUCUACACAGACAACUCCAUCACGCCGCAGCAGCUCCUGGACUGGGAGGUUCUCGUCCUGGAGCAGCUAAAGUGGGACCUGGUCUCGGUGAUAGCAAAUGAUUUCUUGGCUCACAUCCUCCAUCGCCUCCCGCUGCCGAAGGACAAGAUGGAGCUGGUGAAGAAACACGCGCAGACCUUUAUCGCACUGUGUGCCACGGACCACACUUUUGCCAUGUACCCCCCCUCCAUGAUCGCGACGGGCAGCAUCGGGGCAGCGAUCCACGGCCUGACGAUCUCUGUGAACGAUUUCAGUGGCGAGGCCGUCACCGAGCUGCUGGCCAGCAUCACGGGCACGGAGGUGGACUGCCUGAAGGCCUGUCAGGAGAAGAUCGAGGCGGCCUUAGCCGAGAGCCUGAAGCAGGCGUCCCAAAGCCAACAGGAAUACAGCGCCGCCAAGACUGCUGCUUACCCGGCCAGCCAGCCCACCAGCACCCCCACAGACGUCACGGACGUCAACCUGUGACCGGCCCCGCCUUCCCGAGAGCCGCCCGGCCCCGCCGGCCCCAGGGACCCCAACGUCGCUGCACCCCCUGCCCGCCCCUCGGCGCCCGCCGAGGGUCCGUUCCGCUCGCUGGCGGCGCGGAGCAGGAUGGGCCGGCCGGGCCGGCGGAGCUCGACGCCGUUCGUCGGCUUCUGUUGGCGGCCGGGGUGAAGCGACGGUUUCCACGGUGGCCGCGCACGGGGGCAGCUGGGGAGGGGGAGCAGGACCCAAAACGCAGUUGUAAGAUGUUGCUCAGUUCGUGUUCCUGGGAGCCCGGCCGCUGCUCGCUGUCUCCGCAGGGGUGUUCACCGUGACGACUCCCAGCCCGCGAGGGCGAUCAGUCAUGGCUAACGAGCCCUUUCCCCAGCCUCCGUGACCAAAAUCCCUGUAACCCCCAACCCACGCGGCUCCAAGACAGAACUGGUGUCCGGGCAGAGGGAGCAGGUGCUUGCUGGCCCCGUGGUCCCCGUCGCUUUGUGCCUGUUUGCUGCGGCUCCGGGGCGGGUGGUGCAGCUGCUUCUGCUUGGAGGGGGAAACGUGUGGCUUGUUUGUUGUUGCCGUUAGAUUUGGGAUUUGUGGGUUUUCGGCUUGCUUGGGGACGUGCUCCCCGUCUGCACGGACGGCAAAGUCCCGGCCUCGGGGAGCAGCUCCCGGGUGAGGUUUGGGCGCAAUCCCCUUGGCUUCCCGCUGCCCCACUGAGGCUGCUUAAUUUAUUGUUAACUGCUGGGAAACAGGGAGGGAGGAGAAGGCGGCCGUUCUUGCUGUGGGGCCCGGACGCCGCUCUCCUCUCCUUCCCAACGAGUGCCUUCGCCCUUGUCCCCUUCCCUUGUCCCCUUCCCCGCCUCCCUGGGCAAGGGGAGACUCUCACUUGGAAGCUGGUUGUGUUUUUGUAGGUAGCUUAGACAUCAGACUAGGUUUUAAGAAAUCCCUUUGAAUGUGCUGCUAUGGUCUGAAAUGCGUCUUCAGCUCCUCCAAGGCAGGGACCUCGGAUCGCGCUCGGGGGCUGCGCUGGGGGUGGCUCCAAGUUGUGUCCUCAUCCAGCCGAAAAUUUGCUGCGCACUUGAGUUGAAAAGCAAAUAUUGCAAUUUUUGUAUUGUUGUUGAUCCUGUCUGUUAGGUUUUAUAAAAAAGUGUUUAAAAAAAAAUAAUGCUGCUUUUCUAAGAGGAAAACCAUUAAAUAGUAGGAUUGUAUUAACAAGGAGAAGCCAGAGAGACCCCGCGGGAGGGGAGGCGGAUGCUGCUCCGUGAGCUCCGGAUCUGUGGCUGUUGUCCCGCGGGGACGUGGAACGCGAGGUAGGAAUCUUCCUUUUUGGAUGCCACUAGAAACAAAAGUCGUAUCAGGUGGAAAAGGAUGGGGCUGCUGUUCUUCCACCAGCCUGGCUGCUCCAGAAGAGCGUCUGCUGCUGCCUCCCGCUACCGGGGGCUGGGGGCGCAGAGCCUGUCUGUACAAAAUUUUUUUUAUAUAUAUAAAUGAGUUUUAAUUUAAGAGUAAAGUGGUUUGGUGUUCACACGCAAGAGGCCCGCUGCUGGGAGAAUCAGAGGACCAUAUGAUGUUGCAAUAAAGUAUUUUAAACAAG